GAAAACAAUGGAAAAGAGUUGUUGUCGGAUUUCAAACUUCGUAACAAAACUUGUUACUGGAACCCUGGAUUAAUUGAAAGCAUCGCCAGUUUGGAAUAUUUAGGUUUUGUGAAACCAAGUACUUUGUUAGUGGUUGGAAAAAAUUUGGAAAAUAUUCGUUCUGCUUGGGGCAGUCGUGUUUUGAAUGCCCCGGACGGGUUCGCUAUUGUCAGAAUAGGUGAUGUUAAUGGUAUUGAAAUGCAGGUGGUACCACAAACUAAAUCAGUGCCUCUCAUGGACGCUUUGUGUCAUAUUAUAAUGGAACUAAACAAUCAUAGAAUUGUAGCCACGCUGGACACAAUAAGGGAGAAAUUACAAUGUGCCUAUCAAGAUAUACAACUUCCUACAGAUAAACAGUUGUUUGAUACGCUUGGAAAUUUAAUACGUGAUAGAAAAGUUUUUCACACUGGUAGUGGGUAUUUUGUGGUAACACCAGAAACAUUU